CUUCGGUGUUUUUUUUUUGAAAGUUGACAACAAAACAAGAACGCAUUCAAAAUACAAAAAUUAUGAAGACUUCGUGAAGUUUUGCCAGUGAAAGUAAUCUUUAUUGAAGUAUGGAUUUAAACAAUCAGCAGCACAAACAAUCGUCAAAUCAAAUGCACUGUAUCUUAUGCUUCACUGUGAAGUAUUCCGCAAAACACGAAGGAUUUGUGGCAAUCCAAAGCGAGCAGGGCAUUAGUCGGGCAAUCGGCGCCCUUAUUCAAAAGUAUUUUCCGGAGGAACAAAUCCAAAACGACGGAUUCGUUUGUUUGAACUGCUGCCAGCAGCUGGAAAAUUUCAACCGCUUCUACUUACAAAUCAAGCAAAUCCAAUCGAACAGAAAAAUGCGACCGGAUGCAGGAAACAAUGGUUCAUUGCAGGAGACAUUACAACAGCAUAUGCACAUUAAAGAGGAAAAGAUUGACGAAGGCUACAAUUAUAAUCAAACCGGGGAUGAGGAAGUAUUGAACAACUUUUUAAACGAACAAUAUCGGGCGCAAUCAGACUCCAAUGGGAAUAAUCUGUCGCAAAAUCGAUUGUUGGAUUCGAUAGUAAACGAAUUUCAAGCAAGUUCUUUGAGUGGGACAGAAUCGAUUGGAUGUGGAAACGAUCAACCGUAUACCAAACGGAUAAAACGAAACCUAAAUGAAAAUUGGCACACCACUGAUCGCAGCGAAUUGAUAACACAUGGUACAAACGAUCCUGAACUAGACUUCAUGGAAGAAGAAUUCUAUGAAUAUGACAAACCACCCGACGAACGUUCAGAUCAAACAUUUUCCUCGGCAGUUUCCCCCUUUGAGGAAAUAGAACGACUUAGAAGGGAAAAUGAAUUACUCAAAAGACGAAACAGCCAACUGGUUGUAAGGCUCAAGGAGUUCCACGUUCGCAAUACAGAUCUUGUGAAGAUCAAUCGAGAGCUCUCGGAGAAACUGAGAGCGAGUAAUCCCACGAAUUUGCUGGCCAGUCCAACAAUACCGGACCACUUUCUGGCGUCAUCUAAAGCUUUUCCAACGAGUGACUCCAAAUACCUGCCUUCGACAUCUUCAGUAUCGGUCGCUUCAUUGCCGGUUGCUGUAUCGUCUCAACUACAGCAACAAGUGCAACCGGCCCCGACUGAUAGGAUGAAGAGUGGUGCUUAUACAUUGGAUAAUGGAGAUGUUGUAGUAAGAGAUUCUCUGAUUCCCUAUCAAACGAUGGUCGAUAUUGAUUCGGUUGAACCGGGAGAAAAGUACGACCUGAGAUUCGUCAGCAAAUUGGCUUUGGCUCUAUGGGGACACGAAAGGCUUGCCGUGAGUAGCGUGACCGGACGGAAAUCGAAUAAUGCUAGCAACAAUUCAACGCCGAGUAUACAACUGGAACCCGAAAAAUUAAGCUUCAUUAAGGAAAAAGUCUACCAUCGAGCGAUGCAGGAAACAAAUGACCGAGUGCAAGCUAUGGCUCGUUUUGAUGAUUCCAGGAUCAACCGGUUACUGAAUAUCAAAAUCCAAAAUGCAAAACGCAAGAAGACUCCCAACCAGUCGGUACUGUGACACGUGAAAUGUUUGAAAUAGUGAACUAAACCUACCGGGUUAUAACUUAAAUUAUCUGAGACGAAGACAUGUUAAAAAAUGAUCUGUACGAGAAAAUUUGUCAUGAUGCUACAAUAAAAUGGACAAAACGGA